CAGGUGGCAGUAAAAUGCAGAAAUUAUUGCCGUAAUUGACAGCUCACAGCUGAACAGCUCCCGAUUUUUUUUCGUUCGGCGACUCGCGACACUCGCGUACAUACAUAUACAGUCGCGCUCGUACGUAUUCCCCUUUUAUCGGUAUUAUAUGCGCGAUCGUUAUUCCGGCACGGCGCGACAGGAAAUAUGAUAAUCACCCGUAUGGUCUAGGCUGUGUUUGAUAAUAACAUGCUGCUAAUAUAUGAUAAGCCGCGCAAGUCUCCAGGCUGCUUUAAAGUAAGGCACGUCGGGCGAGUUAAUCGUUGACGCCGUUGACGGAUCGCGAGGAGCUUACACGACCACGGGGAGACGCGCAGAAAAUGACACAUGUGUCAUUGUAGAAUAACCUAGCGACGAUCCCACUUCUUGGCCUUCGCGCGGACGAGCGUCCCAUUUUUCACCGGUGUGCAACGAGAACGAAUUCUGUCAGUUAACAUGAUUGGAAUAUAUCACCUGGGAUUAUACAUAUUACUAUUCGAAAGCUGCAUCUGCGAUUUGGACAGACUGUGGAAUGUGCAACUGCUGUGCUCGGACCUAUAUCCGCGGGUGUUCACGAGUUACUUGCCCCGUGGAAAUUUGACCGGCGGGACUUACACGCAACAAAUUCACUUGUCCAACAUGCAGGACUGCGUUAUGGCCUGCUGCAAGAAACCCUUGUGUAACGUAGCGUUUACGCACAACGGUACGUGCUAUCAUGUAGAGUGCGAGAACUCCAUGGUGUGCGUGCCGCUGUACAGGCCCGAAUUGGCAAACGAUAAUCCACCGAGCAUGGUAUUGGUCAGACCCGUGGAGGGUAAUAAAGUAUGGAGCGAUUUCUUGGAUCAAGUCAAUGAGGACAACGUUGGGACAUUGAGCACAGAUGGCACAGAGCAAGAUCAAGUAUUGUUCAAUGAACCAAACAAAAUCAUAAUCAAUUGUAUGGAUCAGUCAGGUUGCCUAGAUAACGAGAUUUGUGUAAAACAUGGGGACACUGAUGUCGGAACUUGUCAAUGUCCUUCAAGUUUCAAGCGAAAUAUUGCUGGCACUUGUAUAGAUGAAAUAGACGCUGAGCUCGGUGUAACGCAACAAGCGAAAGUUCCAACUGUGAAAGAUAUCAGCACGUCGAUUAAGCCGACUAUGAAACAAUUGUUAGUCUCGGCAGUUUCUAAAGAAGUGAGAUUACCGGAAAACGAAGUCACGCUGUCCGCGUAUACCGUCCCCGCUGAACUGGGCAAUCAACAUUAUAAUUACGCUUGGAGUCUGCUCAGUCAACCGGAGGGACAUACCGGAACGAUGACAGAUCAGAAUCGUGUUACUGUCAAAUUAAGUAAUUUGUCGGAAGGCUUGUACACGUUUAAGGUAGCUGUAAGCAGUCCGAACGCUUAUGGAGAAGCUUAUGCCAAUGUCAGCGUUUUACCUCCCAAACGUAUCAACCAAGCACCAAUUGCCAUAAUUACGCCCGCAUCGCAAAUUGUGAAGCUACCGAAUACAGGCGCGGUUUUGGACGGCUCGAAUAGUAAGGAUGAUGAUCGCGUCAUCUCUUAUCAUUGGGAACUGCAGCAAGGCCCGAUUGGAUAUCAACCCAACCUUGUGGAUACACCCACGCUUCAAUUAGAUAAUCUUAUUGCCGGCAAUUACACUUUCAAAUUAACAGUUGAAGAUUCAAAUCACGUUACAAAUUCGACAAGUGCCAAUAUAACUGUCUUAAAAGUGAUCGACUAUCCCCCCAGUGCAAACGCAGGCCAAGACGUUAUCAUUUAUCUACCUCAAAAUACAUUGACGCUUAACGGUAAUUUAAGUACCGACGAUCGAGGAAUAGCGAAUUGGGAGUGGACCAAAAGUCCAUCCGAUCAGAAUAAAGCGGUAGAUAUGCAGAACACAAGAACACCUUACUUACAAUUGUCAAAUCUCGAGGAAGGAAUGUAUACAUUUGUACUUAAAGUAACGGAUGAUUCUGAGCAAUCUUCCACAGCGGAAGUGCAUGUGUUUGUAAAACCUCCAACGAAUAAACCGCCAAAGGCCGACGCUGGUGACGAUAUAAGCAUAGCAUUACCGACAACUCGCGCUGUUCUAAAUGGUACAAGAAGUAAGGAUGACAUAAAGAUUGUUUUGUAUCAUUGGGAGCAAGUAAGUGGGCCUAAUAAUGCUGAAUUUGCCACAGUUAACGAAUCUGUUACAAAUAUUACAAAAUUAACCAAAGGUGAUUAUGCAUUCAAAUUGACUGUUGUCGAUGAUAACAGGAAUGCGGAUUCAGAUACGGUCAAUGUGAAGGUAACACAAAAUAAAAAUGCGCCUCCCAAAGCGAACGCUGGUGGCGAUCAAGUUGUGACGGCGCCAAUCAGCGCGUUAAUCAUCAAUGGAUCACAAUCGAGUGAUGAUUUAAGGAUAGGACAAUGGCUGUGGACCAGAGAUCAAUCUAGUCUUGCGAUUGGCGCUAUAGUUCAAGAUACGGACAAAUCACCAGUCUUAAUGCUAACAGAUAUAGUUCCUGGUCGUUAUGUUUUUCGAUUAAAAGUAACGGAUGAUCAAGGUCUGAGUAGUGAAGACACCGUAUCAGUAAUUGUAAAACCCGAUCCGCAAUUGUUGCAUUUGGUAGAACUAACACUAAACAUUGGAGCUAACAUGUUAACUGUUUCGCAAAAGAAUUCGUUAGUAGUAAAACUGCAAAUGUUAUUGCGAGAUGAAGCUUCAAUCGUCGUGCGAAGUUUGAGGGCAGAACCGCACACUGGAAAGGCCGUCUUAAUGUUUUACGUGAAAAAGAAGGGAACAACAGCAUUGCCGGGUCCAGAAGUAGUCAAAAGAUUGAGAGAAAAGUUAUUACAAGAUUCCGGUCUCUUACAGCUGUCGGUUGCCAAUAUAGACACCGCUAUAUGCCAAAAUAAUUGUUCAGGCCACGGUGUAUGCGAUCAAGAGACAAGACAAUGCUUAUGCGAAGCAUUUUGGAUGCAGAAUUUAAUACAAAAAUAUUUUGGUAAUGGAGAUUCUAAUUGUGAUUGGAGCAUCCUAUAUGUGAUAAUAGCAUUGCUAUCAUUAGUUGUAUGUUGGGUUGGAUUUAUUUGGGGUCUUGUUUGCUUGUGUCAAAGGAUAUGCGUCGGUAAAAGACGUUUGCUUCGGCCUAAGAAGAAACCACCGCGUUAUUCUUUGCUGCAACCAGAGCCAGAAGAUGAUAGCAGUGCAUUUUCAACUCACAACAAGAUGGUGUUAUCGGAAUCGGACACCGAUUCUGACGAUGUUCUGUUUGAGCAUCGUAAGAGUAAAAGCGGUAGCCAUAUAAGAAACGGUAAAUCUCGGAAUGGAUUUAUCAAAGUCGGUUCUCGAGUAAAGACUUGAGAAAUGCAACGAUAUUAGAGUGCAAUGAUAAAUAGCGCACAGUUGUGUAAGUUUUGGCCAAACCUGAAAUACUAGUCACGAAGGUAUAAGUUGACUUAUGUACCUUAUAAGGAAUGAUCGCCUCCAGAAUCGGUAUUGAUAACAAUGUUCUCUAAGAACAUAGAUGGAGUUUAAGUCUUGUUUAUAGAUAUGCGAUAAUAAUAAUAACCUCAUACUCUACGUCAUGUUACUUAAUUCGUCUUAAGUAUUAUUAAUCAAUUCUAUUCUGUAUCUAUUAUGUGAUUUUUAACUACGUCAACGAUUGCUGACGCGACAAGAUGCAGCGUCAAAUGAUCGUCAAACUGUUUGAGAGCUUAUCUGAAUAUUAUUAUGGCCUUAGAAGCUAUUUCAAUUAAAAUCGAUAUGUAGUAAGCACUGUAUCGAUUCUGUAUGUCGUUUAUAUGUAUGUACUGCUUACUCUUUAAUAUAUACAUUGUCAAUCUUAUUUUUACACUACAUGAAUACUAAA